AUGUUUGUUUUUCUAUACGCAAAAAUUUUAAAAAUGGAAAAUAAAUCUCAUGAAGCUAGUAUUGAGCACAAUGAAGUACUAGAUGAUGUUCAUAGUAGGAAUACGGUUGGUUUAAUGUCCCUUGGCGAUAACAAAGCUAACAUUAAAGGUAUCCCAAAAGGAGCUCUUACAAAACACCUUGGCCGAAGUUUAUGCAAACACUCAAAAGGAACAUGA